UAUAAACAAAAACAUAGACCGAGUCUGACUUUGUGAGUUUUCCGGUUCUGAUCAAGAAUUUUUCGAUAGAAAAACAUCAAUUAUAGCUGAAAGCCGAAACAAAUAAUGUCUUUCGAUCCGUGCAGUGAGCCAAUGCUUGCCACCGGCGGUUACGAUCACACCAUCAAGCUAUGGCAGCCGUAUUCCGGAUAUUGUUAUCGCACCUUACAGCACACGGAUUCGCAAGUAAACGCCCUGGACAUCAACCCGAACGGAACCAUCUUAGCCGCAGGCGGCUACCAACACAUCAGACUGUACGACAUGAAUUUUAGCUAUCCUGUGGUUAAUUUCGAGAGCGUACUGAAAAACGUUACCCGCGUCGGUUUCCAGGAGGACGGCAAAUGGAUGUUCACCGGUGGAGAAGACUGCCGAGUGCGAAUAUGGGAUAUGAGUUCGCAAAAUCCGGCCUGCAAGCGAAUGUUCGACUGCCUAACGCCGGUCAAUGCCGUCUGUCUGCAUCCGAACCAAGUCGAACUAGCCAUCGGCAGCCAGGGCGGCAGCGUUUAUCUGUGGGACGUCAAAUCGGACGUCCACGAGCAGCUAAUUCCGGAGGUCGAAGCCUCCAUUCAGGAUAUUGCCAUAAGCCCCAACGGGGCUUACAUGGCCGCUGUUAAUAAUAAGGGUAAUUGCUAUAUUUGGAGUCUUACAAAUAGCGCCAAUAGUGAAACGCAGCUAACCCAAACGGAUCCGAAGCUUAAAAUCGAGGCACAUAAGAAGUACGCUUUGCGGUGUCGCUUUAGCCCCGACUCGAGUCUGCUGGUUACGUGUUCCGGGGAUGGAACGGCUAAGAUCUAUCGCACGGACACUUUUGCGCUACAAGCAGAACUUAAAGCGGAAAAGUGCUGGAUGUGGGAUGCAGUAUUUAGUAAUGAUUCGAAAUAUUUAUUCACAGCUUCCUCAGAUGGAAAGGCUCGGUUAUGGAAAAUCGAAACAAAAUCGGUUGAACGUGAAUACCAAGCCCACCUGAAAGCACUAACGGCGCUUGCCUUCAGAGAUGGAUCAGCAAAGGGCUAAAUUCUCUGGCUAAAUGACAUGUCCUGACCUAAUCUUUCCAAUUGUGUAUUUAAACAUCGAAAAUCAUAAUUAAACUUAAGCCUAAAUACA